AGUAAUGGUAAACUGACUAACUUCAUAAUAAGAAUUUAUAGAAAUGUCGCUGUAUAAUUUUAAGAAAAUUACUGUCGUUCCGACGGCUAAGGAUUUUAUCGAUAUUGUUUUAUCAAAAACACAGAGGAAAACACCGACUGUAAUUCAUAGACACUAUAAAAUUGGUCGUAUUCGACAGUUUUAUAUGAGAAAGAUCAAGUUCACUCAGCAAAAUUAUCAUGACAAAUUGACACAGAUUAUAACGGAUUUUCCAAGACUUCAAGAUGUUCACCCAUUCUAUGCUGAUUUAAUGAAUGUUUUAUAUGAUAAAGAUCAUUACAAAUUAGCUCUUGGACAAAUCAAUACUGCUAGGCAUCUGAUUGACAAUGUUGCAAAAGAUUACAUUCGAUUAAUGAAAUAUGGUGAUUCAUUGUACCGCUGUAAACAACUUAAGCGUGCAGCACUAGGAAGAAUGUGUACUAUCAUGAAGAAACAAAAGCAAAGUUUGGAGUAUCUAGAACAAGUUCGUCAGCAUUUGUCUAGAUUACCAAGUAUUGAUCCAAAUACAAGAACAUUGUUAAUUUGCGGUUUCCCAAAUGUUGGUAAAUCAAGUUUUAUAAACAAGAUAACUCGAGCAGAUGUUGAAGUUCAGCCAUAUGCCUUUACAACAAAGUCAUUAUUUGUGGGUCAUACUGACUAUAAAUACUUGAGGUGGCAGGUUGUUGAUACUCCUGGAAUCUUAGAUCAUUCUCUUGAAGAUCGUAACACCAUUGAAAUGCAGGCUAUAACAGCCCUGGCACAUAUACGAGCUGCAGUUCUUUACUUUAUGGAUCUAUCUGAACAAUGUGGUCAUACCAUCGAAGAACAAAUUGAUUUAUUUACAAAUAUCAAACCUUUGUUUGUGAACAAACCAAUAAUUGCUGUGAUGAAUAAAACUGACAUUAUCCGUCCUGAUGAAUUGUCUGACGAAAACAAAGAACGCUUGGCUUAUUUCAAGACUGAAGGCAUUCCAACCGUGUGCACGAGUACAGUUACAGAAGAGGGAAUAAUGGAUCUCAAAACAGAGGCAUGCGAACAACUUCUUGCUUUGCGUAUCGAAGCAAAAAUCAAAAGUAAAAAAGCUGAUGGUAUUCUCAAUCGUAUUCAUGUUGCUUUGCCAACUCAACGUGACGUUAAAGAGCGACCUCCUUGUAUACCUGAGGCGGUAUUGAACCGUAAGAAAGAAAUGGAAACAGAUGUUGGUCCAAAGAAGAAAUUGGCGAAGGAACUCGAACAAGAACUGGGUGAUGAUUAUGAGAUGAAUUUACAAGAACAUUGGAUCUUAGAAAAUGAGGAUGAGAAGACUGAUUUAGUUCCAGAAAUUUAUCUUGGAAAAAAUAUUUCCGAUUUUAUUGAUCCGGAUAUUAUGAAGAAACUUGAAGAACUUGAACGAGAAGAAGAACUUCGUGAAGCUGCUGGUGAAUACAAUAGCGACAUGGAAGAAGAUGACGAAGAAACAAAAGAAAUCAAAAAGCAAGCGGCCGAAAUUCGAAAGAAAAAGAAACUGAUUGUUCAAGAACAUCGUCUUAAAAAGACAUCUAACCAUGCAAAGCUUCCUCAAAAUCUACGGGCUAAGUCGCUUUCCACAAGAGCGAGAAGACAAAGUUUGGCGUCUGAUUAUAUGGAAUGGGAUAGCGAACAAGAUGAAUCUAUGGAAACUGGUGAAGGACGAACAGCGAGAUCACGUACUCCAGCUAGCCGUAAAAGAAAACGAGAAGAUACGCUUAGCAUUGCACGUAGCAAAUCAAAACAACCUAGAGAUCAAUCUGGUAUUGUUAACCCUGAGAAAAAGAAAAAAGCGAAGAAAAUGAUGAAAACAUCUCAAAGAAAUAUGAACAGAAUGGGCAAAGCUGGUGAGUCCGACCGUCAUAUUGGAAGCAAAAAGCCCAAACAUAUGUUCGCUGGAAAACGAAAAGGUGGAAAAACUCAGAGAAGAUAAAGUCGUUAUUUUAAUUUUUACUUUAAAAGUAAUUUAUUAACCAAACGCAAUUCUGACUGCAAUGAAAGUUUUUCAAUGAAACGUAAUUAUAUAUUAUUAACUGCUUGCAGGAGUUA